UUUUCGUUCUUUUGACAAUGGAUACGCAGUAGAUACGCAGACGAAGGGUGCGUUCUUUUAGGCAUCGGAUACAGCAGUUCUUGCAGUAAUUCGUUCUUUUAUCACAACUGCGCAGUCAACUGCAGCGCAGAUUUUCGUUCUUUUGGCAAUGGAUGCGCAGUGGAUACGCAGAUGAUUAGAAUUAGCUGCGCAGCCGGCUGCUGGCUACGGAUCUAGUGUGGUCGUAAAAAAAGCGGCAGUAUAUAAAAAGUUGCAAGAAAAAUUUAUUAAAAUGGGUGAUAAAAACAUAUAUUUUUAUGCUGGAGUGUCGCCAUCAGGUGAAAAACAAGUAUUUACCAUCGAUGCUUCAAAUAUACAAGAGUUCCUGAUGGAUUCUAAUGUGAAGGAUGUACAAACGUCUCUUGCUGGCAAGAAUCUUACUUCCAAUGCCGAGAAAUCAAUCGUAUUGGGAGAAUGUAUCGCAAACACUCCGCCGAGUUCAAAUUCUUGCACUAUUAGUUCUACAGAGAUAUUUAGAAAGUCAGCUUUAGAAUUUCAUGCUGCCAAGACAAAGUCAGAGAAAAUAGUGAAUUGGUCAACUGCAGAAAUAAAACUUUUGAUCGAGAAAAGACUUGCACUUGAUGACCUUUUUACAGAUCCAAAAUGCAAAAAAACUAAAUAUUGGGAAAAAAUAAGUAAGGAAUUUGCACAAUAUGGAUAUCCACACUCUGCCGCUGAUUUACAAGCAAAAUGGAAAAAUCUUAUGGUGACAUAUAACAGAAAUGUGGAUAAGAUGAAGAAGUCUGGAGAAAGUGCAAUUACUUGGGAAUAUUUUGAAUUAAUGCAUGCAGUCUUUCAUCGCAAAAAAAAUGUCUGCCCAGCAUCAGAAACCUUGGGAUCUACACUUAAAAUCUCAAGUCCAAUUCAUUCUGCAACGACUUAUAAUGUUAUUGAUGAAAGUCCAUCAGUGAUUCAUAAUGCUGAACUUCUAAAUGAUAGCGAUACAACACAAUACUCUGAAGAUAUUGAAAAUUCACCUAUUAAUAAAGCAUUUGAUGAUAGUCCAUCUAGCAAAAAGAAACGUAAUAUUAAGAGAUCUUAUCAGGAUAAUGUGCUAACAUUUAAAAAAACAAGGUGGGAAGAAAAAAAGGAAAUAGAACAAAAUAAAAUAGAUUAUAUAUAG